GCAAAACAUUUCCUAUUGUCGUGUUUUGGGACCGUCGGAUUGGCUCAGUCAAAUACGAGAUACGGAAGCCCAGCGAACGGAGGAAGGCGCGAGAUGCGGACGCCGUGCGUGACCACAGUACAAACUAGAUUACAUUAGGUUAGACUAGCUAAGCCCUAGCUAAUCCCAGGCCCCUUUCCCGCUGCCUGGACCCCCUAAACGCUCUACAAAAGCAAGUAACUAAAUACUCCCUACUCCCCACUCACCGGGCAGCAACAACAGAAAUGUCGAUGGAGGGGGUGACGGGUCGGUACGAUCUGCUCUGUCACGCUCUCGUUUACGAGCGACGUAACGUGUUUGCGUAGUGACUGGCGCGAGAGAGCCAAACGUGCCGUUAUUCUUCAUUCAUCAAUGGCGAGGCUCCCUCCUCCUCCCCCAGCCAAGCCUCUGUUACGUAAAGUCCUUGUGAAAACACUUCCUCUCGCGUUGCGUGAGAGAAAAUCUAGGGGCGGACCACUGGGAUGCUUCGUAGUUCCCAUUUUUGAAUGAAUUUCGCAAUUCGCUAAUGUUUCCCCCGCAAAAUGUACAUAUGUACUAAGUCUCGUGCCUGUCAAGAGCCCAAUGUGUGCCGCUCGCUCGGCUGACGGUCAAGAUCGCCGCUAAGAAAUGCUCGCGAAGCCUAAAAUUUUUGCAUCCCCCCGACUGCCAUGUUCGAAUUUAGAAUUCACAAACUGCACUCAUCGUGCAGUUUCAGUGCGGCAUUCGGCGCAGGCGAACAGCAGAAAGCGAUAUCGAGACCCCAUAGCCACAGGCCACACACCACAGAGCUCAGAGCACAGCAAGUACCCUCCAUAUUAAGUACCAUGGCCAGCUCCUCCCCACACCGCGCGCAGCCAGUGACCUUCGAAUUCUUAGAGAGGCCUCCCCUUCGUCGUCGUUGCUGUCGUUGCUUUGGUUUAGGUUGAGCAAUAGUCUAAGACCCGCCCGUUAUCCUUCUCUUUUUGGCCAGCGUAAGUCAUGGUGCCUCCGGCCUUAAAGCUGUUGCAGUCCUCGCUGGCCCAGUGGCGACGAGGGAGCAAGCUGCAUCCCAUGGCCAAGGGCGCGCUCACGUACGCGGUCAUGUGGCCCACGGGCAGCCUGAUCCAGCAAGCGAUAGAGGGACGCAAUCUGCGCGAGUACGACUGGGCCAGGGCGCUCCGGUUCAGCUUGUUUGGAGCUCUGUACGUGGCGCCCACUCUCUAUGGCUGGGUGCGGCUCACCAGCGCCAUGUGGCCGCAGACCAACCUUCGCAUGGGCAUCGUAAAGGCCAUUACGGAACAGCUUUCCUACGGACCCUUCGCUUGCGUAAGCUUUUUCAUGGGAAUGAGCUUGCUGGAGCUGAAGACAUUUAGUCAGGCCGUGGAAGAAACGAAGGAAAAGGCGGUGCCCACGUACAAGGUUGGCGUAUGCAUCUGGCCCAUCCUGCAGACCAUUAACUUCUCGCUGGUGCCGGAGCACAACCGCGUGGUGUUCGUAAGCAUUUGCAGCCUGAUGUGGACCAUUUUCCUCGCGUACAUGAAGACGCACCACGAGAAGCAGUCGGAUUCCGCGGGUCUGCCUUGUACAUAGUUACGCGUGUCGUAUUUGUUACCUUUUGUGCGUCCCUUAGGCCAAUUGUUAAAUUAGAUAGCGUUAGCGUA